AUGACUUCGAUUUCCCAACAAUUCACUUCGACUGUCGUCGGGGCGUUGGCAUGCCAAAGAGAUUCGUACCUCAAAACUUUCAAAACUAUUGUUGUCAAUUGUGUUGAAAAAACUCCUGAGAAACCAGCAAAAUCGAAAUCCAAGGGCAAAUCCAAGGAAAAAGCCACCAGUGGCGAUGCUCCAGACAUCUCUAGUCUCUCUUUGAAUGAUGGGAAAUACUACGAAGUUGAACUAGAAGACACCAUUCUCUUCCCAAUGGGCGGGGGUCAGCCAAGCGAUACUGGGUCAAUUAUCAUUAGUGACGAUAAAUCCAUACCAGUGUCUUUUGUUCGUCGUGAUGGGCUCAUCGCCCGCCACCAGGUCUUGGAACCUAUCGCUCCAGGAACCCCAGUAUCAUUGCUUCUUGAUUGGCACCGUCGUCUUGAUCUUAUGCAGCAACACACCGGUCAACAUUUGCUUUCCGCGAUCCUUGAUUCCCGUCAACUUCCUACCCUUUCAUGGAAAAUGGGACUGGGAACCUCGGUGUCGGAAUUGGUGAACUACUUGGAGAUCCCUCGCAAACUAAGUGAUGAAGAAGUGACCCAAAUUACCGAUGAAGUCAAUGCGAAGAUCUUGGAAAACCUCCCAAUUGGCGUGGAAGUUCCGGGAGCCGAAGAUUUCUCCCAACAUAAGACUAAUAAGAUUCCUGAGGAUUACGAUCUUUCUAAAGGGGUGCUACGUGUGGUCCAUAUUGGUGAAUUGGACGCCAAUACCUGCUGUGGUACCCAUUUGAAUUCCACAGGCCAAGUUGCCUCCAUUAGUUUAUUGCACCAGACUCACGUCCGUGGUACUAAUUCAAGACUCCAUUUCUUGUGUGGUGGCCGGGUGGCUCAGUACUCUUCGGGAGUUCAUGGGGUGAUGAGAAACGUCUUGAGUGCCUUGAGUUGUCAAAUGGAUGAGGUCGAUGAGAAAUUAGACGGUAUGAGCACUCAAUUACGUAAAGCUUUGGGUGCCAACAAGAGUUUGCUCGAGGAGCUCGCAAGAUUGAAGGAAAAAGAACUAAUUGAAAAAAUCGAUAAGGGUCAACAGGUGGUGUUCGAACACUACUGCGAUAAAUCUUUAGAAUUUUUGAUGAAUUUCUUCAAAGGCCUCAAUGCUCAUUACAACAAAAAGAUUCCUCAAACCGUGGUCUUGAUGUGUGGUGAAUAUAAGGAAUCAGGGGCCAUUAUGAUCUUCGGAGGGGAAUCAGCCAGAGUCCAGGAAAUUGCUGGAGAAUUGAAGAGUAAGAUCAAAUCUUUGAAGGGUGGUGGUAAAGAUAAAUGGCAAGGAAAAGUUGGUGCUUUCGAAAAAGGCGAAAUCGAACUGGUUAAAGAGUAUUUUAUGGCGAAAGAAUAG